AUGUUGAUAAUUGUCGAGACCACCAAUCCCGACAGGAUAAACCCUGCUGUCGGCACUCGCUCAAAAUUGCCGGCUUCAUAUAUAUUCGAAACGAAGCAGCAGGGGAACGGUGCUGCAUCUGCCCGCGUCCUGGCUGCCAAUGGAGCCAAAGUAUUUGGUUGCGACCUCAAUCUCGCUGCAGCUCAGCACACACAGCGCCGCGUCGACGCUGAAGGGGGUGACUGCACCGUGGUGAGCGCUGACGUCGAUAAGGACGCUGAUGUGAAAUUCCUCAUGGAAGCUUGCGUGGCGCGGUACGGCGGCCGCAUCGAUACCUUAAUCAACAAUGUUGGGAGAUCAGAGCCUGGUGGGCCUGCGAAAAUGUCCGAAGAGGCAUGGGACAGCCAGAUGGACGUUAAUUUGAAAUCGGUGCUCUUGAGCUAUCACUACGUGUUGCCGAUCAUGAAGUCGCAGGAGGGCGGUGGUGCUAUUGUCAAUGUCUCUUCUAUUGCGGGGAUGCGCUAUAUCGGCAAGCCGCAGGUGGCGUACAGUGCGACGAAGGCUGCAGCGAUACAGUUUACCAAGGUAACGGCGGUAAUCUAUGCGAAGAGAGGGGCCAGGCUGAAUGUGGUUGUGCCCCGGUUGAUCCAUACACCGCUUGUGGGAUUGCUUGCGGAUAAAUAUGUUUGGGGGUGGGAUUUGGAGGGAUUUGUGGAGAGGAGACACAAGGCUGUGCCGAUGGGGGGGAUGGGGGACUCGUUUGAUGUUGCGUAUUCGGUUGCAUUCUGGCUUCUGAACAGGCGAAGUAUAUCAUUGGACAGAAGAUCAUUGUGGAUUGGGGAAUUACUUCAUCCACUGGUUAGUUAG